AUGAGCGUUCUUCACGACGCACUGCGCUCGCUGGGCCCCGCCAAGUUCGAAAGUGAUGUACCGACCUCACCAGAAGACCUCGAUGGCUACCUCCGGGGCAUCUUCGACGAUGCGCAGCUCGUGCUGGACACGAUACCGAUCGGGGCGCCCGAUGCCUCCCCGGGCACCCGUAUGAGGUCGCACACAGUGUCUGCGUCAAACGCAUCCGAAAUGUCGGCAUCUGUCGCCCGCAGUGACCCUCCUGCUCCAGACCGCAUUGCGCUACAGAAGGAAUGGGGAAAGCCUAUAAAGAUCGGCCAGAAAGAGAACCCACUGGGCAUGUCAGUGUACAAAGCGGCAGGUAAGGAUGGUCGAGGAGCUUGGUUUGCGAGGCGGUCUGUGCAUGAAGGUCUGGGUUUCGAUCGGUUCAUGAAGGCAUUUGAGACGGAAUUUCCGACGUCCUUGGCUGUGCAAGGCGCUCCUGGUGAAGGCAACGUGAGAGGCAUUGGAGCAGAAACGAGAGUUGUUGACAUCACUACGCCGCACCUGGGCAAAGUGCAGGUCUACCGGCUGAGUGCUCAAUUUCCAGGACCGACGACGCCUCGAGACUUUGUGACGUUACUGUUGACUUCGACCAAAGCGCUCAAGCCGGCAAAGGAAGGCGAGCUGGUUCCGAGACACUACAUGAUCGUCUCCAAACCCUGUGACCACCCGGAAACCCAACCUCGAAGUGGCUUCAUCCGUGGCCAGUACGAGUCGGUGGAGUUUAUUCGUGAGAUACCUAGGAAGUUGAAGGCGUCCGCCUCCCAGACUGAUCUCAGUCAUGGUGGUCAUCAGAAGCAUGGCCAUCACAGUCUAGAGCACGACGUCCCCGUUCAGAACGCCGAGAAACACAACACCCUAGCUCCUGGCCAAGAUCAUCGCUCACGAGACCCUUCGCCAAGUGGCAGGAAACGCAGCCAUACCGUCGAUGUGCCCGAGAACCACCACCGAGCUAGCGGGGAUCAAUACGAUCCCGAUGAGAAUCCGGUCGAGUGGAUCAUGGUCACCCGGAGCGACCCUGGCGGAAGCGUGCCUCGGUUCAUGGUCGAGAGAGGAACGCCAGGUAGUAUCUGUGCUGAUGCGGUAAAAUUUCUGGACUGGGCAUGCCAGCAAGAUGAUGACGACGCCGACUCACCGGAGACACCACGGAGACCGUCCGUGCCUUUCAGACGAGAAAGUGCUACGAGCUUCGCAAACCAGAAACAUCUGCUUCGAGUCAACGAGGAGACAGAAGCCUUUCCAGACGCCCCUGAUACCACUAUCACUGCUCCGACGCCGGUCACCUCACAAAAUCCAGCAGAAUCUGCAGGGUUAUUUGCCACUGUCGCAGGUGCUGUCUCAGCAUACGCACCGCAAGCAGUCCAACAAUAUCUGCCUCUAGGAUACGCAGACUCCACAGCUCCUUCACAAGGCAUAACCAGAAAUUCAACAAUGGCUACAACCACCGACGACAAUGACGACGCCUCAUCCACCAUCUCCUCCUCCCUCUCAUUCGCAUCCGCCGACUCCCACCUCUCCGGCGACCAGGUCCCAACUUCUCCAACCGCCAGCCUAACCUCUUCCCUCUCAAAGACAAAGUCACCACAGACGCCGCACGAGAAAGAACUAGCCAAGCUCUCUGCCCGCCGCGCCGCCUUGGAGCAGAAACACGCCGCCACCGUCGCAAAACUAUCCAGCCAGAAAUCCGAGAACACCGAGAAGGAAGCCGCCGCCAUAAAGAAGGCCGAGGAGAAACACACCCGCGAGCUGAAGAAGCAGGAAGAGCGGUACCAGCGCGAAGUUCAGAAACUCCAGGAACGCAAAGAAAAAGAUGCGAAGAAAAUCGAAGCGCGCAAGAAGCGCCAGGGCGAAAAGGACGAGAAAGAACGCCUCAAACGGGAACGCGACGAAUUGAAAGAGAAAAUCGACGUGCUUGAGCGUGAACGCGACCUCUUCAUGAAACAAGUUGGGGAGUUGCAGAAGGAAAACACGAAUCUGGCUGCGCGGCUUGGGCGGUAUGAGUCUAAUAGUGACCUUACAGCGCGAGAUUCGGACUCGGCGAAGUCUUCGACGGCGCGGCUAUCCUCGUCUUCAAGGUCGAGCACGCCUGUGCCUUCGGUGCCAUCCAGCUCCUCGAAUCUAGCCUCGUCUAAAAGCCUAGGUGAGCAGCCGAGUUUGAGGCCACAGCUUGGUGCGCAUCAGCGGACUGCGUCGGAAGAUCAUUUGUACACGAGAUCUUUGGCGCAACAAGAUAAGCAGCCAGGCGAGGGGCAAGCGAAGGAGAGCUUUGGGAACAAGAUGAAAGCGGUGACGUUCCAUGCGAUGGGCAUGAAUGAGGAUGGAAAGGAGGGUGGGAGUAGAAGUCGAAGUGGGAGUCUGUUCCGGAAGAAGGAGAAGGAGGAGAAGAAAGCGGGAAAGGUUGACGGAGCGGCUGCAGCGACAGAGACUUGA